CAGGAACCUACCUAGGUACCUUUUAGGUAUGCUCGGCAGCCUUAUUGCCCGACGUUGUCAUUCUCCUCCGUAGACCAUCCCAUCUGUCUCGCUGACUGCACUCACGGCCUGCGACAAUUGUCCUUGUCUGUUGCCAACGAUCCAUCUUCGCCUAUUCCUCCACUGGUCGACAUGGCUAUUGAACUGUUCAGCUUUAUCCGUGCAUCUUGACGCUCACCCUCACAUUCAUGCGUACCUGAGCCGAACCCUUUCUGCCUUCGAGGUUGCCUUGCGAUCGCACCGCCGUCACCACAGAUGAGCCUACGCAACCAGCCCAACGUCAUCGUGGCCGAGUGACUGGUGCUGUCGGGGUGCCUUUGUAGCCUUCCUCGAAGCGUCGAACAUGCGCAGCGACUUCACGAUCCAAGCCUGCGCUGAUUUCUCCCCUCCUUGUCGCGACAGUCCUACGCUGCUCCACCGCUGACAAUGGCCAGCUAUCAGAAUGGACAGCCUUACUACCCUCCAAACAAUCACCCUUCGUCCAGUCAAAAUGUCCCCUAUGGCUCGCAGCCUCUAUAUCCCUCACGGCCCUUGGAGCGCACGUCGAGUUUUGAUGCUGGAGAUGACGAGAGGCUGUUUGGCGAGGAUCAGCCACAACAGCGGGGUGCUCAGGGAUAUCAGUCCUACGCUGGGCCAGCCGGAGCAAAUCCACAGAUGAAUAGAACACAGUCUGCCAAUGCCUACGGCCCGGCCACGACACCGUUCAGGACAAAUACGCAGCAUACGGCACUGGGUGGAUAUCAACAUCAACACCCGCAGCCCGGGCUGCCCGCCCACCAAUCCUACAACCCUGCCCAGUACCAGCAGCAACACCAACAGCCUGCAUACACUACUCAAGCGUACGCCUCUCCAGCAGCUGCUUCUUACCCUAACAGCGCAUACCAGCCAUAUGUCCCUGCCGCCUACGGAGAUCAGAACCUCAAUCGUCGAGCCUCCGUGUACAACAGCUACGGUUACUACGAUGCCAAUUCUCAAGUCAACUAUUCCGCUUCUCAGCCUCCUCCACCUCCACCUCGUCCUGAUCAACCAGCUUAUCAAAACACUCCAGCUUAUAAUGCUUAUGAGCGCGACGUCUCCCAGCCGUACCCUGCCCGUCACCCCAGUUCCUCCUCCACUGGACACAGUCAAUCAGCAUAUUCUCCGCCGGCGCCAGUUCCACCACCACACAACUCGUCGCUGCUGGAGAGGCGACAUUCACGAUCGACGAGCAUACAAGAGGAAAGAUUGUCGUAUGGUUCUGGCAUAUCGGCCCCGUACCAAAACCCCACACUUACUGCUUACUCGUCUCCCGAUAUCAACCGGAACUCGUCCUUUGCGAGCCGCAUAAGCAAUCAGUCGGUGUCGCCACAACCGUCAAUCCCGACGCCUCCCAGCAGAAACCCUUCGAAUGCUUCUCCCCAGCGAACCGGCACCCUUAAUCGGCACCCUCAAGGAAGAUCUCUUCCCGGAGUACCCUCGGAAUCCGAGUCUGAUAACGACUAUUUCACGCCCGGUGGUACGCAGCACGCUACGCGUAGCUCGGCAUCAGCAGGCUACGACGACUUGAUGCACCACCUGGACGAGGCGAUAGGAGGUAGCUCCCUACAUAGCAGGUCUGCCAGCGACCAAAGGUUCCGCAACUCUAGAGGUGAGGCAGCGGAUGGUUUGUUCCAGCAGCAGCCUUCUCCCCAGCCUCCUCUUUCACCAGAUGAGGUACCCACCCAUCUUAAUGGCACUAUUGCCUCGACUGGAGACACCUUCAUCAAUUAUGGCGCAUUCACCGACGACAGCGAUGCUGAAGCGGCAGCUGGCCUUGCCGCUAUGCAAGCACUGGAUGCACAAGAGAGAGCCGAGGAUGCUCGUCGGCGGAGUGGCUCGGCGACUCUCUUUCCCAGUCAGCCUCUUCCGGAGGAAACCACUCCUAGACUGUCCUCCCAAGAACACAGCAGCGACAGCGACUACACUGGGUAUGACCUCAGUUCAGCUGGCGGAGGUUAUGCACCUGACCUUUCCUACGGCGAGGCCACCGUAUCAAACUACGCUGCUGCAGCUUCAAUGCCCCAAACAGAGCUUUACAGCCGAUUGAAUACACGCAUGAGUUCGGUCCGAAGUUCUGGUGUGUCCUCUGAAGGCCGGGAGUCUCAAGCAAGCGGAUACGAAUCGCUACCUCCCAUUGACACAAUGCAUUCAUACCCUAUCACUCCAAAUGUGGCUCGCGUAGACACCGGCGGGACAGGCGGUCUUACAGAACCGAGUCCACACCCUAGGCGGCUAAGUUAUGAAGAUGGUGAUGAAGGCGUGUUCCUAGAUUCUGAUGUUGGGGGAAGAUCGGGGGACACAAGCCCUUCUCGAGACUCCAUACCGGAUUUGUUUUUCCAUCCUGGUAUGAGCCAGCAACGGCCACUGCCUCCACCUCCAUCACACUCGGAUCCCGGUCGAUUACCCCAUCUGAUGCCUGCCGGCACCUAUACUCAACAAAGCCGGUUUUCGCAGUACAGUGAUACCAACCGACAAAGCUUUCCUGCAGCUCCAGAUGCCUAUUCCAACACCUUGCUCAGUCCGACCACCGUACCUCGGUCGACUUCCUUGUCCAGCACGCGAAGUGCUCCUCGCGUAGACUAUCCGAGCCGAUCAAAGACAGAUGCCGACCGCCAGAAGCUGUUGCGACAGCAAGGACGACCCUCGUCAGAUCUCUACGAUAUUGCCAGCCCACAAUCUGCUGUGGCGCUUGAUCUGCCGGCAAUACCCAAAAAAAGGUACAAUCCUGCCAAGCUGACGGCUGAUCAAUUCAAGAAAUGUUCCGAACCAUGGGCAUUGAGUUCUAUCUUGGAGUGGAUUCGAGAACUCGCGGAAGAAGAAGUCGAUCUGAAAGAGCACCACAUUGCCGAGGGCAUUGUCGCGCUUUUCAUGCAUAAAGUGCCGACAAUGUACGUCACUGAGGCUGAAGCCCUGGGAGAUAGGGUGGUCAGGGAGAUGCUAGCCGCCAACGCUCUGGUCAGAGAGGAAGAAUGGGUCAAAUUCGGGCCUGGACACUUGUCAGGCGUUCUUUAUCAACUGACGGGCUCUGGAUGCUACUCUACGAAGCUGCAUGUAUCGCAAGGCAAGGGACGGUGCUAUUCGUACCAUUGCACGAGGACCCUCAGAAAGGUUGAUCUCGACACCUUGCCCGAAGAGAAGAAAUCUGAGGACUGGGCGACGUACUACAAACUCAAAAAGGAAGACAUUGAGACCCACGAGAAGAAGGAAAUCGAGCGCCAGAAUGUGCUGCACGAGGUCGUCACAAGCGAAGACCUCUACAUCAGCCAGUUGGACGUGCUGAGGGUACUCUAUCGAGACAGGCUCUCCGCUGCACAGCCUCCCAUUAUACCCACCAAGAAACUGCCUGGCUUCCUCAAAGAAGCCUUUGGUGGUGUUGACAAGGUCAAGAAAGUCAAUCAAGAUUAUCUUUUGGGCCAACUCAAAUAUAGGCAGACUGAGCAGGGACCUUGGAUCGUCGGCUUCAGCGACAUCUUCCGCGAAUGGAUCAGAAAGGCUCGGCCGGUCUAUGUCGAAUACGCAUCCAACUUUCCCCGAGCGGACUAUCUAAUGCGCCGAGAGGCGGAACGAAAUAUUCACUUCAAGAGUUUUCUGGAUCAAGCCCGAGAAGAUAAACGUUCAAACCGUUUGGGUUGGGAUAACUAUCUCAAAGCUCCCAUCACGAGGUUGCAACGCUACAGUCUGCUGUUAUCGACUGUUCAGAAGAACAUGGUGAAGGAAUCCGAAGAGAAGAAUAACCUUGCCUUUGCGCUUGACGAGAUCCGUGCGGCCACUUUUGAGUGUGACUCGAAGUUUGCCGAAAUGACGAAAAAGAUGGAAUUGAUUGAAAUGCAGACCAAACUAAGGUUGCGACCGCCCAUGGAGAAGGAGGUUGAGCUCAAUCUGGACCACCUGGGCCGGGAGAUUAUAUUCCGUGGUGAGUUGCAACGCGCUGGUGGUAAGGGCUUUCAAUGGGUCGAUACACAUGCCAUUCUCUUCGACCAUUACCUGGUGCUUGCAAAACCACUCAGCCGUGACCGCAAAGAAGGCUACUAUGAUGUGUCAAAAGUACCUAUACCGAUGGACUUGCUCGUCUUGGAGAGUGCAACAGAUCCUGCUGUGGUCAAGUCAUCUGUCAAAGGUAUUGGCGCCGUGACCACUACUGUCGUGCCUCGGGGGCAGCCACCGCCUGACAAUCGACUAAAUCGGGCACAGUCGUCCUCCAGUGGCGGGCCAGGUACUUUAAGCCACCAGAACACGAACCUCUCGAUAGGGUCUGGGAAUACCAGUCAAUCAAUGGUGCCAAUAACGACAUUGGACUCCGGAAGCUCGAAAGAGGAAAAGAUUAUGUAUCCUUUCCGCAUCAAGCAUCUCGGCAAGACAGAGACAUACACGCUAUAUGCCCCUACUGCCCAGAACCGACAAGAUUGGUGUGAGGCCAUUAUUCAAGCUAAGACAAGGCAUGCUGAAGCUUUGUUUUCUCAGAACGCGGAGCCAUUCAAGCUUCGAGUCCUGGCAGAUACCGCUUUUGGUUACGAAGGGCUUUCUUAUCCUGGGAAGCGGUUCAUGAUCCGUGGUACACCACUGGAUAGAGCCAUUCAAGAGUCUGAAAAGAAAUUCGAAGGACAAGGCCGGCCAGCACCCGUCUGCAGAGCACAGGUGAACUGUGCAACCGUCUUCAAUCAACCUUAUGGCAGACUCAUGUGCGCUGUUGGAACUGACUAUGGUGUCUACAUCUCCGAGUAUCAAAACUCUCGGGGAUGGAUCAGGGCCAUCCAAAUGCAGCGCGUGACUCAGAUCGCGGUGCUCGAGGAGUUCAAUCUGUUCUUGCUGAUAUCGGACAAAGCUUUGAUUGCCUAUCACCUGGACGUCAUCUGUCCGCCUUCUGGAGUACCAGUGACACAAAAUGAUGCCUCGAGUCGCAAAGCGCCUCAGAAGCUGUCUGGCUCUAAAGAUGUCGGCUUCUUUGUGUCCGGGAGAAUGAAGGAAAGGACUUUGGUGUUCUACAAGAAACGCGACGGCAUUGCCUCCACCUUCAAGGUACUCGAGCCUGUCCUACAAAAGAGCACAACGAGCCGAUCGCGCUUCUUGCCCUCGGCAUCACGGCGAGGCCAAACAGAAUUCUUCCGAGAGUAUGAUGAGUUCUACAUCCCUGCCGAGUGCUAUAGUCUCAAUCUGUUCCAAUCUAGCCUUGCCAUAUCGACAGCGAGAGGCGUGGAAGUCUUGACCUUGGAAAAGAAGCAGACAUGGAGUGUACCAAACUUGAGAAGUGAACAGCCCGACACCCAAGCUCAUCUGACCUCAAUCGCAAGCCGUAUCAAAGACCUAAAACCCUUGGGUAUGUUCAGACUCGGGGAAGCUGAAUUCUUGGUCACGUUUGAAGAAUGUGCCGUGUAUGUCAACAAGCAUGGCGAUAUAUCGCGCGGAGUUGUGAUGGAGUUUGUGGGUCGAGCCAAAUCGGCGUGUCUAUAUGCGCAAUACUUGUUACUGGUCGAUGAUGACUUUGUUGAAAUACGAGACGCACAGAACGGCAGACUCAAGCAGGUUAUCGUUGGAAAGGAUAUCAAACUGCUUGAUGACGGCGGUGGCGGAUCUGGAGGUGCUCAAAGUCAGACGCAGGCUGCGUUAGGAGGUGGAAUCAAUGGGCUGGGACUCAAGAACUUUGGAAAUGCACCUCGGAUGCCCAAGCUCGCGCUCCAGCACCCGGAGCAUGAAAAGAGCCACGUCAUUGUUGAGCUGCUGUUGACUACUGAGAUGGAGUAGGGCGCAUCUUGUCUACAUGGGAGCUCUGGUAGGUUUGGCGCUGCUCAUCACUAAUGAUACUGGCGCCCUGUUUCAGUCUGCAUGAGAUGUGGAUGAAGGGAUGGAGAAGGUAUGAUUGAACGACGUUGGCCUGGAUGCCAUAUCGGAUAGGCAAACUAUCCUUUUAUUGUUAUGUCUGAUGCAGGCGGUGGGAUGAAGAUACCAGAAUCUGAUAACAUUCUAUCAAGAGACGUUGGAUAUUGAUUGCUUUGAAAGAACAUCUGAUUUGUACUACCUCUGUACUAUUAUCAUAGUACUCUAGUAUUGAUUCCACCCCUUCUGACAGACAUGGAUCAAUACCUAGCUAGACAACAUCCUG